UCUGCUCGAUACGUGUCGCUGUGCUCCACGGAGUGUUUUGAACUUUUGUGGCGUUACGGAAGAUACUCCGUGUUAUAAUUUCAGUUUUAUUAUCUGCUGCAAGGUUGCAGAUACUUCACAUUUAAAUAAGUCUAUCAUGCGUUGCGUACGGCGAAAAUUGACAUCUUCAGAAGGGGAUGUUCAUCUUGUUCUUGUUGAUGCAGACCUUCCAAGCCUUGAAAACCAUGAGGUGCAAGUGCAGGUGAAAGCCUGUGGUCUGUCUCUUACAAGCGAAAAGGUGAUUCGAGAAGUUUUCUCCAAAGCAGUUCCAGAGACACUGUCUGUAGGUCAAGAGGUCUCAGGGGUUGUGACAAAGAUUGGGCCAAGUGUCACAACUGUGAAAGAGGGAGAUGAAGUAGUUGGUGUUCUUCCACUGGAUAGUGUAACAUCAGGAUGUGGAGAGUUUUGUAUUUUCAGAGAAUUUGAUGUGGUCCGCAAACCCAGUCAGGUCAGCCAUGAAGAAGCUGCAGCAAUAGUAGGAGAUGCAGUAAGAGCCUACACAGCACUUUACUACCAUGCCAGAGUUUGUGCAGGUGACACAGUGUUGAUUCUGGAUGGGGCAACAUCACCAGGCAGUAUUGCAGUGCAACUUGCCAAACUGUGGGGGGCAAAGGUCUUGUCAACAUACAGCACUGUUGCUGAGAAACAGUAUCUGGAGAGCUUUCAACCACCUCUGGCUCAGGUUCUGGAACUGAGUCAAAGAAGCACACUUCUGGUCAGUUCAGUCAUGGAGGAAACAGGAGGAACUGGAGUUGACUGUGUUGUUGAUAAUGGAGUACGUCUCUUUACCAAUGAAGAUGAUGUGGCGAUGCUGGGAGAAAAAUCCAAGUAUCCAAAACCACACAAGCAUGAUAUUUUGUCAUGCUUAGGUUUUUCUGGCAAGUGGGUAACAUCGCAUCCAGACCUUCAGCUUGAUCCUCCUGACUGUCAGCAGCUGUUUCUUCGCAAUGCCAGCUUAAAUUUUCUUUUCCCUCCUGCCUGGACCCUCAUGUAUGCUCAACAUGGCCGCUAUCAACAUAUAUUGAAAGAUAUAAUGGACAAGAUUGAUAAAGGACACUUGAGGUGCAAGAUAGUACAGAUAGUUACUCUGGAUGAGGUUAUUGUGAGUCUGAAAAGUCUGGAAGAUGUUCGUGUAGGCAAAAUUGUUUUGAAGGUGUAAUUUAUGUCAGUGGUGGCAUGGCCACUAUUAUUCACUAAAAUUGAUCAUUUACCAAAAAGUUUUAAAAUACUAGGUUAAGAUUAAAACACAAUAUUUAACUUGAGAGCUAAUAGAACUAAAUUAUUUUAAAUCUAUGUGGAAGGGGGGUUAGGUUUUAUAUCUCUUUUUCCUCUGGUUUCUUGCAGCCAAACAGUGUUGAGUCCCACAAAUGCAGUUGUAUCUAUGAUCUCUAUAUAUGAAAUGAAUAGAAUCACGUGAAAUAAUGUCAUUCUUUUUCAUCUUUUCCCCAAGACUCUUGGGAAAAUACCAUUGUAUGUAAAACUCAAAAUCAGAAGGAUUCUUGUUGGUAUGCUGUUCCAUGAAGACAUACCAAAUAGCUUACAGCAAGAAUGUGCAUGUAUGUGAGUGAGAGUGAGCAAGCGAGCAUCAGUGUCUGUUUGACUCUAUAAAACAUAUGUAACUAUAACCAUAGGAUUUGUGGUGAAUAAAUUUAAAUGCUAUUUGUACAUAUACAUCAUACUGAAGAAUAUUAAAGUGACUAAAAAAUCAG